GCAUACAUUAUUAUUUUUUCAUAUUUUUUAUGAAGGCGUACAUAUCUCGUACACAUUUUAUCUCUUUAGUGCUUUACACAUAUCUAAUAACGUGAAUGUGUGUGUGUGUCUGUGUGCUUGGCAGUCGUUAAUAUCAAGGCUCCCUCCGCGGUAAUCUGUGGUAUUCUAUACCGGAAAUUACGACUGGACCAUAGACAUCCCAGAGUGUAGUUCACGAGCUGGCGUGGAAAGAUAUAAAUGUACUUCAGUUCAGGUUCUUAACAUAUUCACAUAAUUUUUUUUUUUUUUUUAAAUACCGUUUGUUUAGUGCAUAAAGAAAACAAACAAACAAACAAACAACCACCACCACCACCACCACCCAUUGAAGAUGUAUGACCAAGACGAAGAUAUUCAGUAUGAUGAAGAUGAGGAUGAAAUCACGCCAGAUUUGUGGCAGGAAGCCUGUUGGAUUGUUAUUAGCUCAUACUUUGAUGAAAAGGGCUUGGUACGACAGCAGUUGGAUUCAUUUGAUGAAUUUAUUCAGAUGUCUGUGCAGAGAAUAGUUGAGGAUGCCCCUCCAAUUGACUUGCAAGCUGAAGCUCAGCACACCACUGGAGAGAUUGAAGAGCCUCCUCGUUAUUUGCUGAAGUUUGAACAGAUUUACCUGUCUAAACCAACACACUGGGAGAGAGAUGGUGCUCCUUCUCCUAUGAUGCCAAAUGAAGCCAGGCUCCGAAAUCUUACGUACUCGGCGCCUCUUUAUGUGGACAUCACAAAAACCAUAAUUAGGGAGGGAGAGGACCAGCUGCUGACACAGCACCAGAAAACCUUCAUUGGAAAGAUUCCAAUCAUGCUUCGCUCCACAUACUGCUUGUUGAGUGGCCUGACAGAUCGUGAUCUUUGUGAGUUGAAUGAGUGUCCCCUGGAUCCUGGUGGAUAUUUUAUUAUCAAUGGAUCAGAAAAGGUUCUGAUUGCCCAGGAGAAGAUGGCCACGAACACAGUUUAUGUGUUUGCAAAGAAAGACUCUAAAUAUGCUUACACAGGCGAAUGUCGAUCCUGUUUGGAAAACUCUUCUCGCCCAACAAGUUCAAUAUGGGUCAGCAUGAUGGCAAGAGGUGGACAGGGAGUAAAGAAAAGUGCAAUUGGUCAGAGAAUCGUAUCCACGUUGCCAUAUAUUAGGCAAGAAGUCCCUAUCAUCAUUGUGUUUCGUGCUCUGGGGUUUGUGUCUGACAGAGACAUCUUGGAGCAUAUUAUUUAUGAUUUUGAUGAUCCAGAAAUGAUGGAAAUGGUCAAACCGUCACUGGAUGAAGCUUUUGUUAUUCAGGAACAGAACGUGGCUCUGAAUUUCAUCGGUUCGAGAGGUGCGAAACCUGGAGUAACGAAAGAGAAGAGAAUUAAGUAUGCCAAGGAAGUCUUGCAGAAAGAAGUGCUGCCACACGUGGGUGUCAGUGACUUCUGUGAAACAAAGAAGGCCUAUUUCUUGGGGUACAUGGUUCAUAGGCUGCUGCUGGCUGCUUUAGGCAGGCGAGAGCUGGAUGACAGAGAUCACUAUGGAAACAAAAGACUGGAUCUAGCUGGACCCUUACUUGCUUUUCUAUUUAGAGGAAUGUUUAAGAACCUGUUGAAAGAAAUCCGAAUGUAUGCACAGAAAUUCAUAGACGGAGGGAAAGAUUUCAAUUUGGAGUUGGCUAUCAAAACCCGAAUCAUCUCGGAUGGAUUGAAGUAUUCUCUGGCUACUGGAAAUUGGGGCGACGUAAAGAAGGCCCAUCAAGCAAGAGCUGGAGUUUCUCAGGUGUUGAAUCGUCUGACUUUUGCUUCAACUUUGUCUCACCUGAGGCGUCUGAACUCUCCAAUUGGUAGAGAUGGGAAACUGGCUAAACCCAGGCAGCUGCAUAAUACACUGUGGGGUAUGAUUUGUCCUGCUGAGACUCCAGAGGGUCACGCUGUAGGGCUUGUAAAGAACCUGGCUCUCAUGGCCUACAUCUCUGUGGGCUCUCAGCCUUCCCCAAUCUUGGAGUUCUUGGAGGAGUGGAGUAUGGAAAACCUGGAGGAGAUUUCACCUGCUGCUAUUGCUGAUGCUACCAAGAUCUUUGUCAAUGGCUGCUGGGUGGGAAUACACAAGGAUCCUGAGCAGCUGAUGAAUACACUGAGAAAACUGCGUCGCCAAAUGGACAUCAUCGUGUCUGAGGUCUCUAUGAUUCGUGAUAUCAGAGAGCGAGAGAUCCGUAUUUACACGGAUGCUGGAAGGAUCUGUAGACCGCUUCUGAUUGUGGAGAAACAGAAGCUGCUGCUGAAGAGGCGACAUAUCGACCAGCUGAAAGAGAGAGAGUACAAUAAUUACAGUUGGCAGGAUCUCGUGGCUAGUGGUGUCGUUGAAUAUAUUGAUACACUGGAAGAGGAGACUGUGAUGCUUGCAAUGACUCCUGAUGACUUGCAGGAGAAGGGAGUUGCCUAUUGCUCAACUUACACCCACUGUGAGAUUCAUCCGUCCAUGAUCCUUGGAGUCUGUGCCUCCAUUAUCCCUUUCCCAGAUCAUAACCAGUCCCCAAGAAACACAUACCAGUCUGCUAUGGGUAAGCAAGCCAUGGGUGUUUAUAUUACAAACUUCCAUGUGCGUAUGGACACCCUGGCACAUGUGCUGUAUUACCCGCAGAAACCCUUGGUGACGACACGUUCUAUGGAGUACCUGCGAUUCAGAGAACUUCCAGCAGGCAUCAACUCGAUAGUCGCAAUUGCAUCAUACACAGGAUACAAUCAAGAAGAUUCUGUUAUCAUGAAUCGCUCUGCUGUUGACAGAGGCUUCUUCAGGUCUGUAUUCUAUCGUUCUUACAAAGAACAGGAAUCAAAGAAAGGAUUUGACCAAGAGGAAAUUUUUGAAAAACCAACACGUGAAAGCUGUCAAGGUAUGAGGCAUGCCAUCUAUGACAAGCUGGAUGAUGAUGGGUUGAUAGCACCUGGAGUUCGUGUCUCUGGGGAGGACGUCAUUAUUGGUAAAACUGUGACUCUGCCUGAGAACGACGACGAGCUGGAAAGCACGAACAGGAGAUACACAAAGCGAGACUGUAGCACUUUCCUCCGCACCAGUGAAACUGGUAUUGUGGAUCAAGUAAUGGUGACGCUCAAUCAGGAAGGUUACAAGUUCUGCAAAAUUAGGGUGCGUUCAGUACGAAUUCCACAGAUUGGAGACAAGUUUGCCAGUAGGCAUGGGCAAAAGGGUACUUGUGGUAUCCAGUAUAGACAAGAGGACAUGCCCUUUACCUGUGAAGGUAUAACACCUGAUAUCAUCAUCAACCCUCACGCCAUCCCCUCUCGAAUGACAGUUGGCCAUUUGAUUGAAUGUCUUCAGGGCAAGGUGUCAGCAAACAAAGGGGAGAUUGGCGAUGCCACACCUUUCAAUGAUGCUGUGAAUGUGCAAAAGAUUUCAAAUCUGUUAUCUGAAUAUGGUUAUCAUCUUAGAGGAAAUGAGGUGUUAUACAAUGGCUUUACAGGCCGCAAACUGACUUCCCAGAUUUUCAUUGGUCCCACAUACUACCAGCGGUUAAAGCACAUGGUGGAUGACAAGAUUCACUCGCGCGCUCGUGGACCUGUUCAGAUCCUAAACAGGCAGCCCAUGGAGGGUAGAUCGCGAGAUGGAGGUCUGCGUUUCGGUGAAAUGGAACGAGAUUGUCAGAUUGCUCAUGGAGCUGCGCAGUUCUUGAGGGAAAGGCUGUUUGAAGCUUCAGAUCCAUACCAAGUCCAUGUGUGUAAUCUAUGUGGACUGAUGGCAAUUGCGAAUACAAGGACACACACAUACGAGUGUCGUGGAUGCAGAAAUAAAACACAGAUUUCAUUGGUUCGAAUGCCAUAUGCCUGCAAACUUCUCUUCCAAGAGUUGAUGUCCAUGAGUAUUGCUCCCCGUAUGAUGUCUAGUUAAAGACUAGAACUACAUAGUAACUGAUCAGGAUGUUAUAUUAGCAAGAUGUGAUAGUCAACUGAGAGAUUUUUAAACUGCCACAGUGCGCUCUUCAUGGCUGAUCAGGAAAUAGAAUUACAAUAGUUUGGAUAUUAGAUAAGUGUGUUUUACUUUUGGCAAUAAAAGUAUUUUGAUUGUUGUAAUAUCAGUGUUUUCAGCAUAAACAACAUAUGCUACUGUUUUUUUCUUAUAUUGUUA